CUCAGCUGUGGCGGCUGGGGCCACGUGGUCUGGGCGGGGCGGGCCAAAUGCACGCUUAAAGCGGCCUGUUCCUGCCGAUAGUGUAUCUCCAUCGGCAGAAGAGAAGGAAGAGAAGGAGGUCUAAAAGCUCGUCCUUCCUGGAAGGCAAGCGGAGAAUUGUAAAGAAUGAGACCACUCCAGGAGAGAAGUGAAAGCUCUUUGAGCAAAGAGCCUCUUGACAAGUGUCUUCGAGCGAAGAAGGACUUGGAGACUGCAAUUGCUGGAAUAGUCAAGGCUGAACAGCAAGUUAAAGACAACUGGAGAGAGGUAAAAGCCCAGAUUCACAGCUGUAUAAGCCGCCACCUGGAAUGUUUGCGCAGCCGAGAAGUGUGGCUACUGGAACAGGUGGAUCUCAUCCAGCAGCUGAAGGAGGAAGCCUUGCAGCAGCAAGCACAGCAACUCUUUUGGUUGUUGGGACAAUUUAAUUGCCUCAUCCACCAGUUGGAGCAGCCUCACAGCAAUGACCUUGCCAACCAGAUUUCAGUGUGCUUGGAAAGAUUAGGCAAUUUAGCUCUAAAUCCAGAAGAAACUUCCAUCCUAAAUUUUGAAGCUGACGUGCCAUUUCUUCGCCAGGCCAUCACAACAUUUGGUACAAUCACCACCAUGCAAACCUCCGACAAAGAAGACAGUGCUCCUUGGAUUUCUGUACAAAAUUGUCCUGUAACAGCCAAACCUGAACAGAAACCUUUGUCUGGUUCAUUGGGUUGUCCACUCUCUGACUGGCUUCUUGGAAACAAACCUGCAGCUAGUGCCUCCUCUGCUCCGUAUGUUCCUAGCAACAACUAUGAGGAUUGGCUGUUGAAACCACAUGUGCCAGAGACCAGUCAGGAUUUUAAGUCCUCCAAGGUGUGUUACUUGGAAGAAGCAUGGGGAAAUCUGAAAAACCUGGAGAACUGGCUUUUGCAAACCCACCAGCAAGAUGUUCCUGAAUACAUGGAUUUCCGCCUGCGUAAAUGUUCUACCUCUACUAUUGGCUCCACCUUUUCUAUUGAAAAAAUAGAUGAGCUGGAAAUCUUAGAGCAAGAAGAGAGUGAUCUUUCUGACUGGCUACUUACUCCUCCUGAACCAGAAAACAAGAAUGCUCCAGUGGAGAAGUGGAAGCAUGUGCUUAAGCCUUUUCGGGAAGAGUAUAGUCUGAAUGACUGGCUCUCCAAAGCAGAUUCCUGCAGCAAUUGUUGUGGCAACCAGGCCAAGGGCAUGGAGAUAGAAAACCUUGGCAAUCUUAAGUGCCUUAGUGAGCACCUUGAGGGGAAGAAGUCAACUGCCAAUGAUGCCUGGCUUUUGCAGCCUUUUAAAGUAGAAGAUGUAUGUCGAGCGAAUGAGUUGUGCUCCAGCUUUUCAGAAUGCGUGUGUGACGACCAAUGCGAGAAGGAAGCUCUCUGCAAGUGGCUCCUUAGGAAAGAAGGCAAGGAUAAAAAUGGCAUGCCGGUGGGACAGACACCCAGUCAAGUCACUGAGCCCGAGAUACUGAAACCUGCAGGGAACAACACCUGGCUCCCUCUGUCUCAGCAGUCAGUGGAAGAAGCAGCUUUCCUUGCCGCACAACAACAGCACAACUGUGCCAUUCUAGAACCACUGAAAGAAUUGCUCGAAACUCCUCUGUCGGCCUGGUUGGCCAGAUCGGAAAUCGCAGCAUCGAGUAUAGAAGAGAAGGCGAGCAGAGAGAAAGCGGAAAUGAGCUGUAAGAGUUCCCUUCUGGAAUUCCUUGAGCCAUUCCACCUCCCUUUCAAUGCAAACAGCUGGGUGUUGUCUUCCAAGAGCACAGAAACUUCCAACCAGCCUCCACUAGAAGACAAAUGGUUGCUACGCAAAAAGGCACACGAUUGUGGUCUUCCUACCGUUUGUGAUCUAUUUACUUGUAUGAAGUUAAAUGGAGAUAGAGAAAAAUGGCUAUAUCGGACUCCCUUGCAGUUGUGAAAAGUCUGAACCAUCUGAAAGAACAACACCUUCCUGCUGACCAUCGCACAUUUCUUCUGAGUGAUUUUUAGUGUACUGCAUUUCUAGUUUGUGUCUGACAUCUGCCUCUUCCAGACUUGGACAUUAAGUUACAUGUGGUUGACUGAUGACUUGCACAUAUGGAAGCAACAGUUCCCUUGUGUCCCAUGGAUGGCUAUGGUGUGAAGAUCUUUUCCUCAAAGCCCUUGCAAACCAGAGCUUGGAGUCAUUUUCCUGACCAUGCUGAAAGUUCAAUGACUAUUGGCCUCAAAGGACUGCAGGGAGCCGUUUUAGUGAAGAUCUGCUCUCUUCUCUUCUCACAAACAGCUUCUGGUUGUUAAAGUAUUACAGUGGCACUUAAAACCAUGCUUAAUUACAAAUUUUAUGCAAACUAGGUGCUCCAGAACGGUGUACAGUACAGUUAGAGGCUAAAGGCUGUAUUUUUCUAGCUAAAAUGGGGUCAUGCCAAAUCAAUCACCAAAGGCUGCCAGUAACUGAUGUCAUGAGAUAAAUGAGAGAAGUGGGCUUAAAUUCACCAGAGUGGAUGAACAUUGGUUUAAAGUACAUUGCCAAGUGCAGUGUUUUUUUAAUGAAUAGUAACAUUUAACUUCUAUUUCUUUUAACUUUAUAAGAAUUAUGGUAACUUUUGUCAUGUUUAAAUUAAGUAGCUUUAAGCGUUCAGCAUAAAGCAAAUGUGGCUUUAAUGUUGAGCCUUAAUACCACUUGCGCCCGGUAACCAUAUGGUACAGGGGCAGUCCUGAUAAGCUCUGAUCUUUCGUAAAAAAUCUUGUUUGAAAGUGCUCUUUACCUAGUACAAAUACACUUUGAUCUAAAAGUUUCACAAACAUAGGCCUUCAGCAGCAAAAGGGUGUUGUCACUGUCCAUCUGUCUUUCAUGAAUGCAUUCCUAAUUGGAGAAAUAGUUUGAGCCAUUUAUUGAGAUAUUAAGCUUUGAAUGAUUAAUAUGGUUCAAUUAGUAAAGAAUAUCAAGGUGCAUGUUGCUUCCCAAAAUCAAACUGAUGGUGGUAUAGCAAACCCUUGCUGUUUGUCAUAACCCAUAUUUGUUGGUGUAAAUUGAAUUUCUCAAUUAAACCAUUGCUGUGA